UUUACUUAACAUUGGAGCAUUAAAAGUGAAUAAAGAAGAACCUCUUACUUUCGAACAAAUUGAUGACAACCUUCAGAAGAUGAAGUUAAAUCUAUCGAGAGAUUCGUCACCACUCUCUCAGGAAUUGGCUUUAGGUCUAAGGAGUGUGACAGCUUCCGAUCUUGAAUGGAGUGAUCCACUCGCCAACCAGAUAAUUGAUCAGGAUUCAGAUUUAGUGAACCAUCUUUCUCGUCCUAUGAAAAAAACAUUCUUGAAACCUGCGCGACGAAUGGUACCGAUGAUUCGGGAGAUGUGCAGAGAAUUUGUGGCGUGUUUUAAUAGGAAUCGAACCGAAAGUAUACCAAGACCAUUAAAACAUAAUGGUACUUGGAAAGAAUGUCCAGAAGUUCUUAAAGAGGUUACAAAGGAAAUUCUCACCACUAUAAAAGAUAUUUGGAACAACCCAGCCUUUGGACCUAAUUUUGUCCAUUCGUUAAAUGAAGGCACCUAUGUGUCGAACGUGGUGGUGCCAUUGAUACGUUCAACAUUGAAAAACCUUCCUUGUAAAUUGUCCUCAAUUAUUAGCACAUAUGAACGUCAGAGUAUUGCUAGUAAGGACAGAAGAGGUGAGGACAAAACGGGCAGAAGACCAGACAUAAUGUUUGAAGUUCUACACGAAGGAAAAAUUUACGAACUUAUGUAUGGUGAGUGUUCACGUAUAGUUUGCAUUCCUAAAAAGGAGCUAGAUGACAGAAUCAAAUUAUGGAGAGAGACAAACGAUGGAUUGUACUGGACUCGUAAAGGGUGCAAACCAGAGAAAGAGCAGUUUGGGAUCGUUGGAAUUCAGAUCGCAGGACGUAAAUUGCAUCUGAAUGUUCUUACUAGAGGUACAGACGAUGUCCACCGUUACUAUCAUUUACAUACGGCAGAGAUUCCUGUAAACCCAAUGAAUGAUUAUAAUUUAACUAAUUUUAAUAUUAUUAUCGUUAACAUGGCCUUACUAUUUCAUGCACCUAUCUCUAAAUCUCAUAGACAGGAACAAA